AUGGCCACCACCACCGCCUACAUCCUCUCCCUGAUCCGCCUCAGCACCGGCGCCGCCUUUCUGGCCGCGCCCAGCUUCACAGCGGCGACAUUCCUGGUCCCGCAAGCGACCGCGCCAGCCGCCAUCAUCGCCACCCGUCUCGCCGGCUCGCGCGAACUGGUCGUGGGAGAGUUGCUGUGGUAUGCGCUUCGGAAACACAGUCAACAUGCCGCAGCAGCUCCAGCGGUGGAAACCGCGGAUCGAAAACCACUGAUUCCGUCGGAUGGAGGGAAGAAGAAGAACGAGGAAGGUAAUGCUGAGGUUUGUCAGGUUGAGAGCGGGAGCCUGGUGGGAUAUGCCUUGCUGGCGGGGGUGGCCAUUGAUGCAAUCGACGUUGUGAGCUGUCUGGUGUGUUUCUUGCAGGGCGACUUGCCACUUCAGGCUGCGCUACUGUGUGGUGGUGCGGGGGGGUUGGCGCUUGGGAUGGGCGCGUAUGGGUACAUGGCUGGGCCGUGGAAGAUUCGUGGGUGA